CAAGACAAGCACAGCCCCCUCUCCUCUCUUCUCGCUCAAUCAAUCUCUUACAAAACACCCACAAAACUUUCUUCAACCAAAUACCAAAAUCUUUAAUUUGUUUCGAACUUGGGAAAAACAAUGAGUCGAUUUCAGGCCUUGUUGAAACUGCUUCUUCUUCUCUCUUCUUCUCUGCUCUGCCUCUCUGUGCCUGCCCGAGCCCUCAACAUCGGCGUUCAGGCCAUCGACGCCUCCAUUUCUCUGAGCAAAGAUUGCAGUAGGAAAUGCGAGUCAGAGUUCUGUUCAGUGCCUCCAUUUUUGAGAUAUGGCAAAUACUGUGGGCUGCUGUAUAGUGGGUGCCCUGGGGAGAGGCCCUGCGAUGGCUUAGAUGCUUGCUGCAUGAAGCACGACGACUGUGUUCAAGCCAAGAAUAAUGACUAUCUAAGCCAAGAGUGCAGCCAAAGCUUCUUGAAUUGCAUGGAGAACUUCAAGAGAUCAAAGCAAGCAACUUUCAAAGGAAACAAAUGCCAAAUUGAUGAAGUCAUUGAUGUCAUCUCACUUGUCAUGGAAGCUGCCCUCAUUGCUGGCAAAGUUUUUCACAAGCCAUAGCCUAACCCUGCUUUCUCUUCUCUUCUCUUCCAUUUUUCUCUCCUUUCUAUGUUCUUCUUUCCAUUUCUAUCCAACUUCAUUCAUUUUCCCCUAAUGCUUGUUUGUAAAAGAAGAUACUAAUGCCUUCUUUUUAAAACUCCUCUCUUUCCUCUUAAACAAUCAAUCAUAAUCAACUCUUUAAUCUUC